AUGACUGAAAGUCUCAGUCGUUUUCUGACAGGAUUACGUAGUAGUAAUAGUAGUACACGACAUCGUGCUGCUCAGAAUCUCCGUCAUUAUGUUGAAUCUGAAUCACGUGAUUUAUCCCAUGGUCUGUAUAUCAAAUGGAUCACUGAUAUUAGUGCAAAAUUAAUGUUAUUAUGUAAUUCAAAUGAAACACUGGAUCGUAUGGGUGGAAUUGCUGCAAUGGAUGAAUUAGUUGAAUUGUUUAUUGUUGAAAGGAAUGAUCAGACAAUUAUUGAAUUUGCUCACUCCCUUACAAAAGUAUUUGAAAAAAUACCCAGUGCUGAUCCACCCAUGUUACGUGUUGCAGCCAAAGCACUGGGUCAUAUUGUCUCAACAGGUGGAACUAGCUUAAUUGAAUUUGUGGAAGAUUAUUAUGUAAAACCAGCACUGGAAUGGUUAAAAAAUGAAACGUUUCACGUUCGUCGACAUGCAGGUGUGAUGAUCUUAAAGGAAUUAUCCAUUAAUGCACCCUCCACGUCAUUUCGAUAUAUGGAUAAAUAUUUUGAUUUUAUUUGGAGCGCAUUCUGGGAUUCAAAGCUGGUCGUACGUGUUAGUGCAAGUGAAUCAUUACAAUCCUGUUUGAUGUUGAUUCAACAACGUGAAUCCAAUCGAAAAACAUCAUGGUACAAUCGUGCUCUAGAUGAAGCAGAACAAGCAUUUAAACGAAAUAGUUCCGACGCGACACAUGGUGCGUUGUUGAUUCUAAAUGAAUUAUUACGGAAUACAGGUGACUUUAUGCAUUCGCACUACGCUCGUGCAUGCCGUUUGGUAUUUAGCCAUCAGGAUCAUAAAAGCGCUAUCGUACGCUCUGCUGUGAUUGGUCUUUUCCCGCGUCUUGCAAAGUUUAAUACAUCCGUGUUUGUUGAAAAAUGCUAUCGACCGUGUAUCAAUCAUUUGCUUGAGGUGCUUUUCUCCGCAACAACAACAACGCGCCCGGAUGCACUGCUUUCGAUUGGAAAACUUUCUCUUGCGAUUGGACCAUUGCUAGCAAGAGAUGAACAGGCACUCAUGGCGAUUAUGAAUGGAAUAAAGAGCGGAUUACAAGUGCGCAAAAAAGAUUUUGAUACACAUCGUGAGGCGCUUGCAUGUCUGCGGAUGCUGGCGGAGACUGUAGGACCUGCACUUAUUAGGGUCGACUUGGAGUCGAUGGUGGGACCACUUUUCCAAAACGACUUGGACUCGUCGCUGGUUGAGACACUGACAAAUAUCGUCAAGAAAAUCCCGCCCAUGAAACCCGUCAUACAACAGAAGCUGUUUGAGAGGUUAAGCACAAUUUUGCGCUCUAGGCAAAAUGAUACCACUGGAUCUGCUACGACUCCCACCAGUAGAAGGCUCAAAACAACAUCUAUCUCUGUAACAGGUGGUAUGCUAUCGAACUUGUUCCUUUCUGCUACGGGAUCAAAGACCAAUGGUACAUCCGAAAAUGGCACACCAUCAACCGAGGCGUCAUCGGCGAUUGCAAUGCAGGCACUUGCAUUAGAAACAUUGGCAAACUUUGACUUUCAGGGCAACCGACUUAUCCCAAUCAUGUCAUUUGUCCACGAAACUGUGGUCAAAUUCCUUGACCAUGAAGUUGCUGCCAUCCGUAAGAGUGCAGCACUCACGUGUUGUAAACUUCUUUUGCCAUCAGGCGAAGACCAAGGUGGGAGCACAGCAAUGACUUCGGAAGAUUUUGCUCGUCCUGUUACAUCGGUGCUGGAGCGCUUAUUGACAGUGGGUAUUGCUGAUACUGAGGCGAGUAUCCGUCUGCGUGUUUUGGCGUCGUUGGAUUCGCGUUUUGAUCCACUGCUGGCUUUAAACGAUAACUUGCGAUGUCUUUUCAUUGCGCUAAAUGAUGAGGUUUUUAGCAUUCGUCAAACAGCAAUGAGUACACUCGGAAGACUCACACAUCACAAUCCGUCUACUGUAUUACCCUCUCUCCGACAAACGUUGGUGCAGCUUUUGGCUGAAUUAGAGUUUAGUGGAGACUCCCGAGGUAAGGAAGAGGGUGCGCUGUUAAUUGGAUGUUUGCUGCGGUCAGCAUCACAGUUAGCCCAGCCGUACGUUCUCCCCAUUCUACGUGUUUUGAUGAAAAAUUUGCGUGAAGAUUCGGAACGUCGUAGUCAUAAUCGAAGCACGGUCAGUGUGAGCAAAGCCAUCUUGGCAACCUUGGGUGAUUUAGCGGAAGUUGGAGCUCAAGAACUGCCGCCGUACCUUGGCCAGCUUUUACCGGAUGUUAUUGACGAAAUGCGAGACUCGAGCAAUCCGCAGAUUUUGCAGGUCGCUAUCAAAACUCUGGGACAGCUAGUUUCAUCGACCGGUUAUGUAGUACUUCCUUACCACGAGUACCCGGAAUUGCUAGACCUACUCUGCCAAGCGUUGCAGAAAUCAGGCGAUGCUUUUGAAUCCUUGCGUGUCGAAGCAGGACGUACGAUUGGCGUUUUGGGAGCGCUGGAUCCGUAUAAUCUGCGUUUGUUUCAUUUGAAGAAGCAAGGCAAACUUAUAAAUGCCAAGAAGAAGGAGUUUUGCUCUAGCGCGUUUGCUGCUGGUGCUGGUGGUGUAUUCAGCCUAAUGGGUAAUGGAGCGAAUCCUUUACAGGCACUGACGACAAAUGGAUUUGGCGCUGUGUCACAUCAGGCAACUGGAGCUGCUGUCGGGAUUCGUAUUGGCAAUGUUAUUGGCGGGCUUGGGUUGCUAGACGGCAGCACCGAGGAAGAUGCUUUUCAACUCGGAGAAUCGCUUUUUUUGGCACCAGCUCGGAAGGUGGCAAAAAGUGACAAGCAGACCAGUGGUAAGCUGACAAACAUUAUUUUGGAAGUACCACCUAACGACUUGCUGCCAUCGAUGAUCCCCGAUUCGUCUCAGUACUUCCCUACGGUCGCGACUAAUGCAUUAAUUCGCAUUUUGCUCGAGCCGCGUAACUCGGUGCACUACCAGGGCACAUUUAUGGCUAUCAUGUACAUAUGCAAAAGCCAGAGGAAACGUAUGGGACAACACUUGGGCAAUAUCAUUCCAGCCUUCCUCUACGCUUUGGAGAAAGUGAACCGUUCCCUGCGUAAAUUUCUUUUCGAGCAGCUUUGCGAUCUGGUGCAAAUUGUUGAGGAGCAAAUUCAGCCACACUUGGACCACGUGGCAUUGCUAUCUAUUGUCAACAGCUAUUGGGACGAACAUCUUGAAGAGGUUCUCAACUUGGUCAAGAAGCUGGCAAAUUCACUUGGCGAGAAUUUUCGUGUCUACUUGCCUGACCUGAUUCCUCAGAUGCUGCGCGUAAUUCGUACGGAGCGUGACAACCCUGCGCGACCGCGAACAUUGUUGGUACUGAAAACUGCUGUUUCUCUUGGGCGCCUAUUGGACGGGUAUCUUCAUUUGAUCAUCCCAGCACUCGUUGCGCUCAUCGAGAGCGAUGCGGACGUGAAUGCACGAAAGCAAGGUCUAGGUUCACUUGGAUCGCUUGUGAAGAAGCUCAACGUGAGCGUGUAUGCGUCCAAAAUUAUUCACAUGCUGGCACGUGUGAUCUCGUCUCAGCCAGAGAUGGUAUAUCUUGCCAUGGAUUGCCUUUGCUGCAUGGUCUACACGAUGGGUGACGACUAUGCGAUCUUCGUCCCAGUUAUUAGUCAGGUUCUGGGUCGCCAUACAUUGCGUUCAAACGACAUCUUUGAUCGCUAUGAUCUUCUGGUGUCAAAGAUAUUGAAGUACCAGCCGUUGCCCGUAGUUUCGUGGGCAACAGAUCCGCUUAAAUUGCGUGUUGAUACCUCGGGUGACCACAAAGACUCAAACCCGUCUGCACAAGAUGAAACGAAGAGCUUACCAUGCGACCAAAAAAACUUGAUGAAGGCGUGGGAGGCAUCUCAACGAUCGACGAAGGAAGAUUGGAACGAUUGGAUUCUGGGCUUCUCGGUUGAAUUGCUUCGAGAGUCACCGUCACCUGUUUUACGAGCUUGCAAAGAGUUGGCCUCCGUAUAUCAGCCUUUGGCCCGGGAGCUGUUCAAUGCGUCAUUUGUGAGUGUAUGGCCGCAUUUGUCGUCUUCGACGCAGGACAAUUUGAUACGAUCUUUGGAGUCAGCCUUUCAGUCGCCUCAUCUGCCGUCUGAAAUUUUACAAACUCUGCUUAAUCUUGCCGAGUUCAUGGAGCACGACGAUCAACCCUUGCCGAUUGACAUCCGAUUGCUUGGGUCUUUGGCCGACAAAUGCCAUUCUUUUGCCAAGGCUCUUCACUACAAAGAGCUUGAGUUUAAUACGAAUCCAAGUACCGAUGGAAUUCAGGCGCUCAUUAGUAUUAAUUCAAAACUAAACCAACCGGAGGCUGCACGUGGCAUUUUGAAAUAUGCGCUGGAAAAGCUGCCAGGUAUUGAAGUGAAGGCAUCAUGGCACGAAAAGCUUUUGCGCUGGGACGAUGCAUUAGCAACACACGAUCGCGUUCUUCAAGACAACCCGAACAAUGUGGAGUCUAUCUUUGGCAAAAUGCGUUGUUUGUGGGCAAUCGGUGAGUGGCGAAAGCUGAACGACCACGUGCAGGAGACCUGGUCCAAAAUUUACGGUGAGAGCCAAGAUCUAAAUGGUAAGCACACAGAUGGAGAGACAUUGUUAGACGUACCUCCGGCGUUGAAGAAAGAGUUAUGUAGCAGUGGCGCAAGAGUGGCCUUUUCGUUGCAAAACUGGGACUCGAUCCCGAAGUACAUAAACUCAGAUAUGGACGCCACGGAGUCGCAUCUAUUCAAGGCAGUUGUGUCAAUUCGGCGUAUGGAGCUGGAUGAGGCCAUGAGCUCGAUUGCCGACUGCCGUAAGGAAAUGGAUCCAACACUACGUUCCCUUGUAAGCGAGAGUUAUGCUCGAGCAUAUCUUCCAGCCAUCGUAAAUCUGCAGAUGUUGACGGAGUUGGAGGAGAUUGUCGCCUAUUUGAAGACCUUUGCCUGUAAAAAUAACGGUGAGCUUACGCUUAUGUCAGAUCCCGUGUCAUCGACUACAACGUCCGCAACUGCAUCACGCCGCAAACAAAACAUCAGCAAUUUCAACUUCGUGUCGUCGGCAUCAUCGACGUCGUACGGACAUGAGAAGCAAGUAGCAUUGAAGAAACUGCAGACGAUUUGGACCAGGCGUAUGCUAGGAGUGGAGCGCAACAUUGAAGUGUGGCAAAGUCUCAUGCUUGUGCGAUCGCUAGUAUUUGAUCCCAGAGAAGAUAUAGAUAUAUGGCUGAAGUAUGCGCGUUUGUGUCUGAAAUCGGGACACAUUAACCUCGCUUCCAGCGCUCUAUGGCGCGUUGGCGCACAACCCUUUAUUCGCAGUGUUGAACGGGACCCUUACGCACCAAUCCCGAUUAACCUGGGUGGCAAUGCUGGAGCAAGCCAGGGUUUUGCAAAUGGACUGUUGAGUUUAGCGGAUAGCGCAGCGCAGGACCCGCGUGUGGCUUUUAGCUAUUUACGCCAUUUAUGGGCAGAAAAUCGAGAAGAUGUGGCGUUGCAGCAGAUGGGUUACUUCAUUGAGGCUUUGGAGCAGCACGGGGAUCCAACGAACGAAGAAAUGCGCAGACUUCGUGUACAAGUGUAUAUUCAGCUGGGCGAAUGGCAAAUGUCGCUAUCUGAGCCGCACAAGCAAGCUGAUGGAGCGUUCGACCAUGUCCUCGAGUGUCUCGAGACAGCAACAAAGUUGGAUCCGACCAAUGACCGCGCGUGGCAUGAGUGGGCACUGAUGAACUUUCGUGCACUUGAGGCAAACGUGAAGGAAUCUGGUCAAGGAGAUUCAAAGCGUUACGCUGUCCGAGCCAUCCAGGGUUUUUUCCGGGCAAUCUCGUUUGGUCAUACAAGUUAUGAUGUGACGAAAGACGUUCUCCGUCUGCUGACGCUUUGGUUUGCGCAAGGCAAUCGUAGCGAUGUCCACAUGGCGAUGGUCGAGGGGUUUCAUGAGGCAUCGAUUGAUACGUGGUUGAAUGUCAUUCCGCAGCUUAUUGCGCGUAUUGAUACGCCCAACCCGAAAACGAGCGACCUACUUCAUGAUCUGCUCUCCCGAAUCGGACAGGCCCACCCUCAGGCUCUAAUUUACCCGAUCACGGUGGCUUCUAAGGCGCUUAAUCCCAUUCGAAAGCUUGCGGCAGAAGGAAUUCUUGCUGCUGUACGCCGACACAGCUCCCAGCUUGUGUAUGAAGCUGAUAUGGUGUCGCGAGAACUUAUUCGUGUGGCCAUCCUGUGGAAUGAGUUGUGGCACGGCGCUCUGGAAGAAGCAUCAAAACAUUUCUUCAACAACCGCGAUGUGACUGCGAUGAUUGCUGAGUUGGCACCACUUCAUGAACUUAUGGAUCAGAUUGGCAAAGAGGAAGCACCUACACUACGUGAGGUCGCGUUCUACCAAGCGUUUGCUCGAGACCUUCACUACGCGAAGGAAUGGACGAAUGUAUAUGAGCGCACAAAGAGCUUAGACGAUCUGAAUCAGGCGUGGGACAUCUAUUACAGCGUUUUCUCUAAGAUCCGCAAGCAGCUUGCCAACCUUUCAACACUGGAACUGGCCAAUGUCGGGCCAAAGUUACUGUCAGUGCGUAAUCUUACACUUGCAGUACCAGGAACGUACAAGGCCGGUGCCCCAAUUGUUCGUAUCCAGUCUUUUGAUACAAAAGUUACCGUGCUCACGUCGAAGCAGCGACCGAGAAAAGUGUCUAUCAAUGGAAGUGACGGAAAAGCUUACCCGUUUUUGCUGAAGGGUCACGAAGACUUGCGUCAGGAUGAGCGCGUAAUGCAGCUCUUUGGUGUAAUCAACACGUUACUUGCAAACGACAGCGACACCAGCAAACGCAACUUGGGCAUCCAGCGUUAUUCAGUACUUCCAUUGUCGCACACAAGCGGUCUUAUUGGAUGGGUGCCUAAUUGCGAUACCUUGCAUCAGCUUAUCCGCGACUACCGCGAGGCGCGCAAGAUCCAGUUGAACGUCGAACACCGUCUAAUGGUGCAAAUGGCUCCAGACUACGACAAGUUGCCGCUCAUGCAGAAGGUUGAGGCUUUUAAAUACGCGCUGGGCGAGACUACUGGUCAAGAUUUGUAUCGAGUCUUGUGGCUCAAGAGCCAGGACUCUGAGGUAUGGCUCGACCGCCGCCGGAACUUUACGCGUUCGCUUGCGGUCAUGUCGAUGGCUGGUUAUAUUCUCGGCCUUGGUGACCGUCACCCGAGCAAUCUCAUGCUGGACCGUGUGUCUGGCAAACUCGUACACAUUGACUUCGGUGACUGCUUUGAAGUAGCAAUGGAGCGCGAUAAAUAUCCAGAGAAGAUUCCGUUUCGGCUCACGCGGAUGCUUACACAGGCAAUGGAAGUCAGUGGCAUUGAAGGCAACUUCCGUUACACUUGCGAAGCUUCGAUGCGUGUACUUCGUGAUAACCGUGAUUCGCUCAUGGCUGUGCUUGAGGCGUUCGUGUAUGACCCCCUUAUUAACUGGCGCCUGCUUAAGAAGGAUGCUGUGCCGUCUCACGCCCAACCAGAAGAAGAUGAUGGUGCUGGUGGCGCUGGGCGCGGAGAAGGUACCGGAGGCGGUGCAGAUGCCAACAUUGGUAGAAACUCGAUGCGUACCAGCCAUGAAGAAGAAAGCGAUCUACGUGGCAGUGAGGAUGGUGAAGGUGACACUGCAAAUGAAGGGAUUUUGGAAGAGGACAAGUUGGCAGAAGGCAGCAUGAAGAGCUCAACGUCAUCAGCUCCCGUGACUCCUAAAAGACGACGACAUUCUUCGUCCGAGGCUGCAAUGCUGGGCUACAACAUGGACAUAGUAGACCCAGCAAUGGCACGCAAUUCCAUGUCCGAAGCGCAGCGCGACAACUUUGGUACUUCGUUUGUAGCGGCUGAACAUCCGCAGUUGAACGAGAAGGCGUUGAGUGUUAUUGAACGCGUCAAGAAAAAACUAGCUGGUCGUGAUUUUGACGAUGGUAACAAGGUGCUGACAGUUGAUGCACAGGUAGAUCGGCUGAUUCAUCAAGCCACUUCGCACGAGAACCUUUGCCAACUCUAUUACGGUUGGUGUCCAUUCUGGUAG